AUGCAGGCAUUCGAAGAGUACCACUGUGAGCUGCAAUCCGAUAUUAUCGUACGCGGGCAUAUUGAUUCAUUAACUGAUACGAUGCUCGAGAAAGACAUCAGUCGCGCUAUUGAACCGUACACUCUCAUCGAACUGGAUACCCUGGCCCGAAAUAUUCAUCUUCCAGUUCAGCAAGUAGAGAAGAAACUGGCGCAAAUGAUUCUUGAUAAGAAAUUCCAAGGUCAUUUGGAUAUGAUUUGUUUAACGCAAUUUCUUAUACAGCGUCGAAUCUCAACGUUCAGGAGAGUCUGGGAUUUAGUGAUUGAGGUCUCCGGAUUGUCAGCGUGA